UUAACUGUAUUGUGCCUGCAGGGUUCCCUUCUGGAGGUUUCUCAUCACAGGAGCAGAUCAGAACAGAGAACUGAAGAUGUGGUGCACUGUGUCUUGGACCUGCCUGCAGACCGUCCGAUUUUCUCCUGACAUCUUCAGCUCCAUGAGUAUUCUUCCCAGCCUGAAAGUCUGCUUGGAUCUCUCUGCUGAGUAUCUGAUACUGAGCGAUGUGCAGAGAAAAGUCUUGUAUGUGAUGGAGCUGAUGCAGAACCAAGAUGAAGGCAAAGCUUAUUUCAGUUCUAUCUCAGAGUUUCUCCUAACCCAUCCAGUCCUAAGCUUUGGCAUUCAGGCAGUGAGCCGCUGCCGGUUAAGGCACACUGAAGUGCUUCCAGCAGAAGAGGAAAAUGACAACUUGAGUUUAGAAGGUGCUCAGGGAGCAGGGGCUGUUGAGUCAGCAGCUGGCGUGCUGAUAAAACUCUUCUGUGUGCACACCAAGUGAGUAUGUAGAGCAACUGUCAUGG